AAAAAGAGGACCAGUUGUUGGGGUAUCAUGCUUCAAAGAACCAUAAUGUGUUAUAUAGUCGCGUUGUAUGUCAAUAUAAUGUGUUAUUAUGUCAAAUAUCUGUUAACGUUUAUUAAUUGCAUCCUAAAUAAACUCUAAAUACCAAAUUUCAACCCAAUCGGAUUAAUAGCAAAAGAGUUACAGUGUCACGUGACCUGGACCUCAAAUGUCAAAUAUCAGUCAACAUUUAUUAAUUGCAUCCUAAAUCAACCCCAAAUACCAAAUUUCAACCCAAUCGGAUCAAUAGCAAAAGAGUUACAGUGUCACGUGACCCGAAUCUCAAAUGUCAAAAAUCUAUCAAAAUGUAAUAAUUGUAUCCUAAAUCAAUCCCAAAUACCAAAUUUCAACCCAAUCGGACACAUAGCAAAAAAGUUACAAUAGUCACGUGACCCAAAACUCAAAUGUCAAAUAUCUAUCAAAAAUAGUAAUUUCAUCCUAUAUAAAGCCCAAAUACCAAAUUUGAACCCAAUCGGACUCAUAGCAAAAAAGUUUUAAUAGUCACGUAACCGGGAAGUCAAAUGUCAAAUAUCUGUCAAAAUUUAUUAAUCUUAUUCGAAAUAAACCCUAGGUACCAAAUUUCAACCAAAUCGCACAAAAAACAAAAAAGUUAUGAUAAUCGGCUAACCUUAAAAAUUAAUAAUUUCGAAAAUUUUUUAUUUAUAUCCCACAACCAAUGUUUAAGAAUUAUUAAUAUUUAUUUUUAAUAAACUCAAUAGUAUAAAACUCAUCUAAUAUCUAAAACCAUCUUUUAAAUUAAAUAGAUCAUUACGACUGACCCGCGUAUAAUAGGACAAAUUUCAUUUUGAUUCACCCCGAUAUAAACACACUGACAUUUCAAAAAACGGCAUUUUGGCAACGAAGACGUCAAAAUGAUUAUUUGAUUUAAUGGUCUCUUAGAAAUAAUACAAUACAAACAGUAACUAUAGUUGAACGAUACAAACAGCGUUCCUAACAACCAUUGUUUGAAUUUUAUUUUGGCUCAUUUCGUACCAUGCAAGCAAUGGACGUAGACGCAAUGGCCGAAAGCCUACAGGCGAUCAUGGAGUCUGUACCGUCGGAACCUCAACCCAAGUCGAGACCACCCAACCCAAGGCAACCCAACCCAAGCCCACCCAACCCAACCCAACCAAAUCCUCCCGACCCAACCCAACCCACCGAAGCCUCCCAACCCACCGAAUCUUCCUCCCAACGCAAUAAAGAAAAUAAUAGAGGAAGAAACUGGAGAGCGAGGAGUAGCUACUGGAAUAGCAGGGUCCAUAGGCGUAGAGAGCGGGCCAAUCUUCACCAACAAAAAACGCUAUUGUCGGCCGUGACGGACGCGGUGGCCAGUGCUAUUCUUAAGCACACGAAUAAAGGAGGCUUCAGGGGCAAUUUCCGUGGUCGGGGCAGGGGGCGAAAUUAAUUUUUUUUUUAAAUUUUUGAUUUAUGAUUUUUUUUAAACAUAUUAUAUAUAUUUUAUAUAA